AUGAGAUCUACCACUACUAAUCCAGUACCGACAAUCAUUUUGCUGUGUUGGGAAAUCCACCGAACUGCUGAUCCGAAAGUGCCUUUCCAACGUCUGGUCCGUGAAAUUGCCCAGGACUUCAAGACCGAUCUGCGCUUCCAGAGCUCAGCUGUUAUGGCUCUGCAGGAAGCUAGCGAGGCCUAUCUGGUCGGUCUGUUCGAGGAUACCAAUCUGUGUGCCAUCCACGCCAAGCGUGUCACUAUCAUGCCGAAGGACAUCCAGCUGGCUCGUCGUAUUCGUGGAGAACGUGCUUAA